AUGGAGGCCGUAACAAACUUGUUGUUGAUGCUCUUUGACGAACCUGAGAGACCACAAAACGCGGUGGAAUAUCUUAGAGAGAAGAUGGGAAACAAGAGGCAUAGUGCUGAAGAACUAGUCAACUUAAGAACGGAGCUGGCAGCAGCUAAGAUAAAGAUAUGUAUUUUGGAAGACGAAGUUAACGUUUUACAUGAGAAGCUUCAGAGUUGUGAGCUGAAAGGAAAACUGAAAGAUAUUCCUGAGCAAGCAGUAAAAACAGUGACAGAACUUGAUAGUACAAAUGUCACUAAUGAAAUAUUUGAUUUAAAUUCUUCGUAAAGAAAAAGUUGGUAAUCUUUAGAUAUAUUGUGUCAAAAACCAAAUAACUGUUUAUUUUACCGUGAGGGGAUUUUCACGCCGUAUAAAACAUAACAAUUAUUGGGUUACAGGUUAUUGAGAGCUUAGUAAAUCAGUUAGUUACGGAUGUUUUAUUUCCAGAAUCAUCUUAAUUACAGGAACAAAAAAGUAUAUUAACUCUAAAUUCCCAUUUUACAUUUUACUUUAGAGGAAUCUUCCUGUUAGAGUGUUCAUUAGCCGGCACGUUUGUUUAAAGUGUAUUCUUGUUUUUGUAAAGUUUUUGGGCAAAUAGAAAUAUUAAUUAAAAA